ACUGCCCUCGAGCAGCCCCGUAAUGAACUCCGCUGGGGCGCCUCCCCUACCGUAAUGAGCCCCGCGGGAGCCAGCUCGUUUGUGCGCAGGCGCAAGAGCGGUUUUCACCCCGCGGCCGCCUCGGGCGUUCUCAUUCCUGGGGGGGACGCUUGAGAUGGAAUCCAGGACCUUGUAAACUACCACCUUCAAGAUGGCUGACAUCCCAUGCUCCUCCCAGACCGGCCAUUCUGACCAUCGUUCCUACAUCUCUUCCAGGUCCUCCCAGUUCAUCACGGACUUCAUUCAGCCUGUCAUCGUGGUUCACGGCGGAGGAGCCGGCUCCAUCUCUAAGGAACGCUCGGAAAGAGUACGACUCGGUGUCACCAAGGCCGCCCUGCUGGGCUACAACAUCCUCAAAGAUGGCAGGAGCGCCCUGGACGCUGUCGAGGAGGCUGUGGUGUCCCUGGAGGAUGACCCCGAGUUUAAUGCAGGCAAUGGCUCCGUCUUGAAUGAGGAUGGUCAGAUUGAAAUGGAUGCUAGCAUCAUGGAAGGAAAAAGUCUGUGCACAGGAGCCGUGUCUGCAGUCAAAAGCAUCGCAAACCCCAUUAAGCUUGCCCGUCUUGUUAUGGAAAAGACAAAUCACUGCUUCCUGACUGAUCGAGGUGCGGCAUGUUUUGCUAAGAGCAUGGGGAUCCCAACAGUUCCUGGAGAAAAAAUGAUGACAGAACGAAACAUCAAACGUCUGAAAAAAGAAAAGGCUGAAAAAACGAAUUUCCUAGACGAUGUUGACAAUAACACUGGAACAGUAGGUGCUGUGGCCCUGGACAAAAAUGGAAACCUUGCCUAUGCAACAUCGACUGGAGGGAUCAUUAAUAAAAUGGUCGGCCGUGUGGGGGACUCACCCUGUGUAGGUUCUGGAGGCUACGCUGACAAUGAGAUCGGGGCUGUUUCUACCACUGGGCACGGAGAGAGCAUCCUAAGGGUCAACCUUGCCAGACUGGUUAUCUUCCACUUGGAGCAAGGAAAGAAUCCCCAAGAGGCUGCUGAUGCUGCCUUGUGUUACAUGAAGUCGAGGGUCAAAGGCUUAGGCGGCGUCAUCGUGAUUGAUAGAACAGGAGAGUGGGCCGCAAGGUGGACCUCGGUCUCCAUGCCCUGGGCCUCAGCAAAGCAGGACAAGCUUCACUUUGGAAUUGUCCCCGGGAUGGUACAUAUCACUGACAUCGGCAAAGGCAAAAACCCUCCCUUCUGUAUCUGACUGCCAGGUCCAGGUUGGAAGAGACAAUGAAUAAAGUGGGCUGGUCUCCAGCCUAGGCAACAGUAACAUUCAGGAGAAUUUUACCUUACUCUAUUAGGUCUACAUUUGGAGAAAUCAUGCACCCUGUCACACUUGAUUUGUUUCCUUGAUCAAAACAUAUUCUCAAACUUUCUGUUUUGGCCACUGUGAAAUAAAGGUUAGAACAAGCCUUGCCUUAAGACGUCAGAGGACCUAGCA